CCCACCGCUGAUUGGCUGAGAUGCGGCAGAGCGCGCCGUUCAAAGUAUCGACAACCAAGGCGGGCAGUUGAAAAUCCGGCGCGUUUUUGUCGUUAUCAUUAUUGUUUAGAAAGAAGGGGCGUUAGUGGGGGGUGAGCUCCAGUGAGGGGUUCUUGCUUCGUCUCGAGAUCAACCGCGAGACGGGGCUGCGGGGGGCAAGUCGGAGGUCCCUGGUGGUGGUGCGCGGAGUAGCCGUUGGGCGGACGCAGAGCGCUGCUGUCCUUCCGAGCUGCUCUCGUUUCUUUCGGGACUUGACUCUAGUGGCCGGACCAUGAGUUCGAUGUGCGGCAAUAAUGUUAAGAAGGAGGAGAAGGGCAAGAACAUCCAAGUGGUGGUGAGGAGCAGGCCGUUUAGUAUUGCUGAGCGCAAAGCUAAUUCCUAUUCUGUAGUGGAGUGUGAAAAUGCAAGGAAAGAAGUUGUUGUUCGCGCUGGAGGGAUUACAGAUAAGACGGCAAGAAAGACUUACACGUUUGACAUGGUUUUUGGAGCUCAAACUAAACAAAUUGAUGUGUACCGGAGUGUUAUGUGCCCCAUUUUGGAUGAAGUACUUAUGGGCUAUAACUGUACGGUUUUUGCAUAUGGCCAAACUGGUACAGGAAAGACCUUCACUAUGGAAGGGGAAAGAUCACCUAAUGAAGAAUAUACUUGGGAAGAGGAUCCACUAGCUGGCAUAAUUCCCCGUACACUGCACCAAAUAUUUGAAAAGCUUGGAGAAAGUGGAACAGAAUUUUCUCUGAAAGUGUCUUUGUUGGAAAUUUACAAUGAGGAGCUCUUUGAUCUGUUGAAUCCAUCUCCAGAUGUUGGUGAAAAGCUACAAAUGUUUGAUGAUCCACGUAACAAGAGAGGUGUAAUAAUCAAGGGUUUGGAAGAAAUAACUGUGCACAACAAAGAUGAGGUCUAUCAGAUCUUAGAAAGGGGAGCAGCUAAAAGAACCACAGCAGCUACUAAUAUGAAUCAGUAUUCUAGCCGGUCCCAUUCAGUAUUUUCAGUCACCUUGCAUAUGAAAGAAACAACAAUAGAUGGAGAAGAGCUUGUUAAAAUUGGGAAGCUAAAUUUGGUUGACCUGGCAGGUAGUGAAAACAUAGGCCGUUCUGGAGCAGUUGACAAAAGAGCUCGUGAAGCUGGAAAUAUCAACCAGUCCUUGUUGACCCUGGGGAGAGUAAUAACUGCUCUUGUUGAAAGAACCCCACAUAUUCCAUACAGGGAGUCAAAGCUCACUAGAAUCCUGCAGGACUCCCUUGGAGGACGCACAAAAACUUGCAUAAUUGCUACAGUUUCUCCAGCUUCAGCAAAUCUUGAGGAAACACUGAGUACUCUUGAAUAUGCUCAUAGAGCAAAGAAUAUCAUGAAUAAGCCUGAAGUGAACCAGAAGCUCACAAAACGGGCACUUAUUAAGGAGUACACAGAAGAGAUUGAGCGCUUAAAACGAGACCUUGCCGCUGCACGAGAGAAAAAUGGAGUCUACAUUUCUCUGGAAAACUACGACGCUCUUCAUGGGAAGCUGACUGUCCAAGAAGAACAAAUUGCAGAGUAUAUUGUGAAAAUUGCAGCCGUAGAAGAAGAACUGAAAAAAGUCACUGAUUUAUUCAUAGUUCACAAACAUGAGCUUGAGCAGUACAAAACAGAGCUACAAGUCAAGGAACAAGAACUUGAAGACACUCAGAAGCACCUGGAGGUGACCAAGACUCUUCUUACUGAAGAAGAGUAUGUGACAUCAGUUCUGGAAGUCACAGAAGAAAAGCUUCACGGAACAGCCAAUAAGCUGCUUAGGACAGUGCAAGAAACUACCAAAGAUGUGUCAGGUCUUCAUGCAAAAUUAGAUCGUAAAAAAGCUGUUGAUCAACAUAAUACCGAGGUACAAACUGAAUUUACAGACCACAUGAGUGCUCUCUUCAACAAAAUGCAGAACUCAGUUAGUGAGAACUACUGGAAACAGCAGCAGAUGCUGGACUAUUAUAGUAUCUCAGUUGGUGACUUUCUCUCUACCAAUUCGUCAGCCUUUGGAGUUACUGCUGCAGCUAUUGUUGAAGCGUUCAGUUCCGUGAAAGAGAGAGUUGCUGCAGAAGUGUCUCUGGUUUCUGAAAAGAUCCUGAAGCAGGCCUCUCUGACAUGUGAAAUGAAAAAUGAUCUGCAGAAACUGAUAGAAGAGCUGACAUCUGGAAUAUACAGAGAGUUAAGUAGUCUUGAUCCUGUUGUAAAACUUGUGCUGAAUAUUAAUUUUCAACUGCAAAAUAACUUGAAGGAAUAUUCAUCAUUGGCUGAAAAGGUGAAAAGCUUUAAAGAGGAAACUACUAUCUUCUUUGAAAACCAUACUCGUGAUUUAAGUAAACUGCAGGAUGACAGCUGUCAGAUGUUGGCUGAACUUUAUCAUAAUUCUGAAAAGUUGGAGAAGGAGAUGGAACUGGCAAGGCAGGCCCAUGAAGAGGGUAUAGCCCAGCUUGUGGCUUCUCUGCAACAGACCCAGGAGAAUAUCCAAGGGCUGCAAGAGAAAGGAAGUCAUUUGAAGCGAAAUAUUUCUGCUGUGCAGGAAAACCUAACUGUGCAAACUGCAGGACUUGCCAACACCGUUGCUUCCCAGCAGAACAAGCUAACUCGGCCUCUGAGCAGCUUUCCGCAGGAGAUUGAACAACUGAAUGAAAAAAACAUAAAAAUAUUGUUAAAUUCAGUUGGUCACUGUGAAUGUCUGAGCAGCAGCCUAAAAAGUGUGUGCCAGGAAGCCAGCAACCAGGGUGAAAACACAGCAACAAAGAUAGGCUUCAUUAUCGAUCAACAGACCGACUUCCUCAAAAGCAGGAAGGAACACCUGCAAAGGUUCUGCAAGACUCUUGAUGACAGCUGUGAUGUAUCAGUUGCUAAAAUCACACACUGCCUUGAUAGACAGAAGGGUGCUUCAGACAUAGCCCUGCAGAGGCUUCUUGACCAGUUGCGGAAAGAUUAUGACGUGCUUUUGAAACAAAAAGAGGCACUCCUGGAGGAAGCAGAAGAUGGGUGGACACGGGUUCAUAGCUUCAUGAGCACGGAACUCCAAGUGGACGUCCCAACAGGGGCCACCCCACAAAGAAAAGAUUACCAUUACCCUGUAGCAAUUAGGAAAGCAGAACCCCGUGACCUGUUGCUUCAGACAUUAAGGAAACGGCAGCUGGAGCUUGCCACUGUUCAGGAGGCUGCGGAGUCCAUGACUGAAGAGGCCUUGGAUAAGGAGACUUUGGAGGAUGAAGAGCAAACCAGAGACACCAAUGACAGCCUGUCGAGUGAAAAAUCCUUUUUGGAGACCAAUUUGCUCAUUCAUACCAAUAGCGGUGUGCCAUUCUUCCAGCAUAAGAAGAGCGUUAAAAAGGAGAAAGAGAACAGGUUGGCAGGCUUAUGCGACAAGGAUGCAGACCAGUUUCAGAAGAGGUCAAAAUGUCCAUUAAAGGAUCAGAAUUAAGGAUAUGCAACAUCCCCGCUUUUUUGUCACCUGUUGUAUCACUUCUCAGCUUGUACAUAGUGCCCUGGGGUCACAGAUUAUCAGGCAUGUCAGUUGUAUAUAUGCUGCCACUUAGGGUUUUAUAUGCAAUUUAAAACUUUUUCAUAUGGUUAAAAUAUUGUAAGAAAUUUAAAACUUCUUUUUAUAAAGUUAAAAUGCUAAUGUGAAUAACUAUCUCCCCUAUAAGGGAAACAAACACAAAUGACUGGAGUAGAGCAUAUGCUUAGCCUGAAUUGUCAGAAGUUGUUCCUCAGUUUAUUAAUUGUAUGUAUUUUGUACAGAACCAGUGUCUUAAUCUGGAGAGGAAUUCCCUUCGUGUUAGAAAAAAAAUCCUUACCUGCCAGAGAUAGAAUUGAACUUCUCAAGAUAUUAAACAUCUGAAGAACAAUUGUAAA